AUGGCCACCAAGUUUGACCCUUUCCAGAUCGCCUUGAAUGAAGUGAAAUUAAUUAUCACCAUGUAUCCUGAAGGGGAGCUUAAAGAGAAAGCAAAAUUGUUAGGAGUGCGGCUGAGAUUACUGGGAUCAUUUUGUCUGUGUGGAAGGAUGUGGCUCAGAGGUGAAGAUUGUGAGUCAACCUUGCUUAGCAUUGAGGAAACAGUUUAUCAACGUGUUUUGGAAAUUCAAUCUGCUGGUACCAAACUCCAGUCCUGGCGUAUUCUCCACCCUUGGGUUUCUAAGUUGUUUGGUGGUUUCCAUCAGUUUAUUUGUCUUAGGUUCAGGGACCCUGAUGAUGAUGGCGAUGGUGAUCACCAAAUGAUAUCAGAUGCGAAAACAAUGUUUGAUCGUCUGCGCGCGUGGCGUUCUAAACUUAUCGGUUGUAUCCACCGGUUUGUUUGUAUCAGAUUGAGGAACCAUACUCCAAAUGUGGAGCAUCUUGACACUGAAUUCCAAUUUUACAUCCAGCUCCUAUCAUUCAGGCAAGAGAUGGACAAACUGUAUCACAUCUUCUCAGAAAGCUCAUUGAAAACUGUCUCUUCUAAUCAGGGAAUCCUAUUCCUCGUCAGCAUCAUAGAUUCCCUUUCUAAGAAUACACUACAUCUCCAGGGAAUGAUGAUUCACAAUUCACAUUACGUUGAGUGGCUUCAAGCAUGUACUGAUUUCUUGAAGGGCUUGAUUUCUUUUGCCUUCUUUCGGGGAGUUGAGCCGAGGCAGAUGGAAUCUUUGCUGACUCACUCUCAACGCUUUGUGGUCGACGCUCUCCAUCACCUCUCCAUGUUCUGUUGUAAUCAAAAUCCUCAGCAUAUUGCGCAACUUAGCAGCAGAGGUCUGCGUAUUAAAUUCCGUGCACGCGACAUUUAUGUUGCAGUCUUGCAAGCUUCAAAAUUGCCUCUUUCAUACAGCCAUUGCACUCAAGCAGACUGUAGAGUUAUCUUCAAGGACUUUGUUGAUGUUCUUCUCACCGUUCUUUGGAGUAGAUUAGUCCUGGAUGUCAGUUCUGCAUACAUCUUUAACCGCCAAAUGCAAGAGCUCUAUGGGGGACUUACAUUCUUGAGAUCCAUCAUGACAGACCAGCCAAUUAAGUUUGAUGGUUUAUAUGAGAAGAUGCCUGCCCUUAUUGGACUUCUGACCUGUGAAGCAGGAAUUACGAUCAUCCAUACUUUUGGAAAAGGAACACGGAGCUCUACGAGAAAAUUAGAGAUCCUAUUCUCAAAAACGGAGAAACUUUUGGUUACGCUUAUGGAGACGGUAAAAGAGGAGGACCAGCAACUAAUGUUAGCCUCCGAAUUUCCUCAAACCAACCUGCUUGGUUUUAUUGAUCAUCUCUUGGAAAAGAUGAAAUCAGGCAUUUCGUAUUCAACACUUUGUUUGUCAAAGGGUGAGCUUCAAAGUCUCCAUGAUAAUCUUACAGAUGUAAGAUCUUCUUGGAUUAUGUUGCAGCAGUUUAACAGCGAAAUGUUCCAAGUUCUCCGGAGUCGCAUUGCUGCUAUAGCCUAUGAGACUGAAUUUGUCCUUGAUUCUUUCAUGGCUGGAGGUGAUUUAGAUAGUUUUAUUCAGAUCAUUGAUAAAAUCACCACAGCAGUAAAACUCAUUAAUGCUGAGGCUUCAGAAUCUUUUCAAUUUCAUAACCAGAAGCAGAGCAGCGUAGUUGCUGAAACUUUCCAUAAGAUGCCAUCAAAAGGUGAGAUCCAAGUAUUGGAAGAUGGUAUGGUAGGCUUGGCUGAUGAGGUAGAAAAGAUAAUUGGAAGACUGACAAGAGGAACAAAACAGUUGGACAUUGUUUCCAUUGUAGGCAUGCCUGGAUUAGGCAAAACAAUGUUGGCCAAAGAAAUUUAUAAUGAUGUCUCUGUUAUCCUUCAGUUUCAUGUUCAUUCGUGGUGUACAGUCUCUCAAGUAUAUACCAAGAGAAGGUUGUUGCUGGACAUAUUGAGAGGACUUCAUAUUGAUUUUGAUGAGAAGUGUUCUGAAAUGGAUGAGGAUUGUCUGUCUCAGAAGCUCCACCAAAAAUUGUUGGGAAAGCGGUAUCUUAUCAUCUUGGAUGAUAUUUGGGAUAUAGGAGCAUGGCAUUGCUUGCGCGAGUCAUUUCCAGAAGGUGUUCUCGGAAGCAGAAUACUCUUGACAAGUCGCCACCACAAUGUGGCUUCAGAAAUCAAACCAGGUAGUGAACCUCAUAAUCUUCGUCACCUCCACAUUGAUGAGAGCCAGGAACUCCUGCAGAAGGUUUUAGGUUUGAAAGAAGGAUGUUCUACGGAAGAACUUGGAUGCUUGAAGGCAAUAGUACAUGAGUGUAGUGGACUGCCGCUGAUGGUUUUAAUUGUGGCCGGACUUCUUUCAAGUAUGAAGCCAGAUGCUUGGGAGGACGUUAGAGACAGUUUGAGAAACCGCACUCUAUCUCUAACUGAAAAAUGUAUGGAGACCAUAGAGUUGAGUUAUUCUUACUUGCCAGAUCAUUUGAAGGAAUGCUUUCUUUAUAUUGGAGCAAUUGGGGUAGACAGACAAAUUCCUGUUCGGAAAUUGUUGCGGCUGUGGAUGGCUGAAGGGUUUGUGGAGAAAACUGAAAGAGAGAGCUCGGAGGAUGUUGCAUGGCGAUACUUGAUGGAGUUGAUUCAACGAAACUUGGUUAUGGUGGGUAAGAAAGGAUCCGGAGGAACAAUCAAAUCUUGUGUUCUGCAUGAUCUGUUACGUGACUUGUGCAUCAAAAAAUACAACGAGGAUCAUUUUCUGCAUUCCUUACGUGGGUAUGAUGAGCUUGGUAAUUCUGUCAACCCAAGCAUAUCAUAUCGUUUGUGUCUUUUCUCUAGAAUGAGAGACAAAAAUUUUGCUGAGUCAAGGCUGGUUUGCCCUCGCUUACGCACUCUGUUCAUCGUUGCUGAUCAAGAAGUAUUGAAUUCACGACGUGGGUAUGAUAUCUUACUCAGGUUUAAGCAGUCCAAACUUUUAAGAGUUUUGGACCUAAUGACAGUCAAUGUAGGCAGCUGUUUUCCAGUGGUAAUCGAGUUACUGGUUCACUUGAGGUACUUGGCCUUGCAAAUUGCUAGUGGGGAACUUUUACUUCCCGCAUCGUUUGCGAAUCUCUCAAAUUUGGAGACUUUCAAUGUUCUAAUUUCUGGAUACAUUGUGCUGCCUGAUACCCUGUCGAAUAUGAAAAAUUUGAAGCACUUGUGUGUAACUGGGUUGCUGUCUUACUGGAUCUUGCCGGACAAUUUCUCCGCUUCAGAGAAUUUAAAAACUUUAUCAGGUGCACUAUUUCAUAGUGACCUAAGAUUAAUGGAGCUAAUGAGGAAACUUCCCAACAUUCGCCGGCUUAGAUACCGGUGUAUCAACAUGAUCCCGAGCAAGGUUGUAGUGUCUUUAGACUUUAUGAGUCAACUUGAAUCACUCACCAUAUCUGAUCACCAGACUGGUGACCUUGAUUUUCAGUUUCCUCGAAACCUGAAGAAGCUAACUCUGAAAAACCUUUUACUUCCAUGGAGUAAAAUUACAGCAUUUGAUCGGUUACCAAAUCUUGAGGUUCUUAAGUUACAGAGAAAUGCAUUUACAGGGGAAAUCUGGAACAUGGAGAAAGAAGGGACAUUUCCUAAGCUCAGAUUUUUGAAACUGGAAGACCUGGAUUUAGCUCAAUGGACAGACUCGGAGAAUAAUUUUCCUUGUCUCCAGAGUUUAGUGCUGAUAAGCUGCCAUCGCUUGGAGGAAUUACCUUCUUGUUUAUCCCAAAUUGAAACUCUUCAGACGAUUGAGGUGAUUAAUUGUGAACACGUUGCUGCUUCCAUAAACCAAGUACAGCAAGAGCAAAUGGGUUGGGGACGUGAAGAUCUGAAAAUUCGGAUGCUUUCAUCAGAUUUAGGAGAAAGAAUGCGUGAUGUUGCGAGGCUAUUUCGAAAUAUUGGCUUAAAGAUGUUGGAUGUUGCUGAAGAAUCAAAUAAAAAACUUUUUCCCAGUAAAAGAGCUAGCUCGAAAUCAGUUUUUGCCAAGUUAUUAGUUGGAUAUCCUUCCUUGCUUCCAUCAACAAGUAAAAAAGAGGAAGUUGACUCUUUAUCUUUCCAAAUGUGGAGUCGUUUGAGAGAAAUGGCCAAGUAUGAUCCUUUCCAGAUUGCCAUGAGGGAAGUAAAAUUGAUAGUCGCCAAAUAUCCUGACGGGGACCUUAAAGAGAAUGCUAAAUUGUUAGGAGUGCGGUUGAGAUUACUGACAAUAUUUUGUAUGUGUGCAAGGAUGUGGGUUGGAGGUGAGAGCUGUGGAUCUACCUUACUUCGUAUUGAGGAAACUGUUUACCAACAAGCUAUGAAAAUUCAGGCUACUGGAAUCAAAUUUGGGUUCUGGGGUAUUUUCCACUCCUGUGUCUCUAAAUUAUUUGGUGGAAUCCAUCAGUUUAUUUGUCUCAGAUUCGGGGACCAUGAUGAUGAUGGUGAUGAUCAAAUGAUAUCUGAGACAAAGUCGAUAUUGGAUCGUCUCCGAAAGUGGCGCUCUAAACUUAUUGGUCGCAUCCACCAGUCUAUUUGUGUCAGAUUGAGCAACAAUCAGGCGAAACUGCUGCAUCUUCACUCUGAAUACCUUUCUUUCAUUCAGCAGCUUUUAUUCAGGCAAGAAACUGAGGAAUUGUAUAUCAUCUUCUCAGAUAGCUCGUUGGUGACUAUCUCCUCUACUCAGGAAGUCUUGUCCCUCCUAGACGUCAUUUAUUCCCUUUUCGACAUUACCCUAUAUCUGCAGGGAAUGAAUCAAAUUUCAUUUUAUGUCGAGUAUCUUCAGACUUAUUUAAGAUUCUUGAAGAACUUGAUUGUAUUUGCUAGCUUGCGGGGAGUUGGAUUAAGACAGAUGAAAUCAUUGGUGAAUCACACUCAACUCUUCAUUGUUGAUGCAGUGCAUAACCUCUUCAUGCUUUGUUACAACCAAAAUCCUCAGCACAUUCCCCUACUUACUAGCAGAGGUCUUCCUAUUGGAUCGCCAGCAUACCAGAUUUAUGUUGGAGUCCUGCGAGCUUCAAAAUUGUCACUUCCGUAUCACCAUUUCACUCCAGCAGAAUGUAGAGUUAUCUUCGAAGACUUUGUUGAUUCCCUUCUUGCUCUUCUUUGGAGCCUGUUAUUCCCUGCUGACAGUUCUGCUGACAUCUUUUACCACCAAAUGCAAAAACUCUAUGGAGGGCUGACAUUUUUAAGAGUUACCAUGAUAGAGCAGCCAAAUAAGUUUGAUGAGCUUUAUGAGAAGAUGCCUGCCCUUAUUGGACUUUUGAUUUGUGAGGCAGGAAUUACAACCAGUUAUCUUUUUGUAAAGGAAACUGGUGGCUUCGCGUAUAAAUUGAAGUUCCUAUUCUCAAGAACAGAGAUGUACUUUAUGAAGCUUAUGGAGGCGGUAAAAGCAGAAGACAAACUCAUGUUUUCUGCCAACUUCCCUCAGACCAACCUGCUGGGUUUUACUGAUCGUCUCUUGGAAAAAAUGAAGUCAAUCAUCACAGAUGAUGAUGUUUUAUCAGUUUCUUUGUUAAAGGAUGAGCUUCAAACUCUCCAUGACAAUCUCACAGAAAUGAGAUCUUCUCUGGUUAUGAUGAGUUUUAAUCAAAACAGAAAGGUCCAAAUUCUCCGGAGUCGCAUUGCUGCUGCAGUCUAUGAGACUGAGUUUGUCUUUGAUUCUUUCAUGGUUGGGAGUGAUUUAGUUUGUUCUGUUAAUAUACUUGGUAACAUCAUCACAGAACUCAAACUCAUAAAUGCCGAGGCUUCGGACAUUUUUCAUGAUGAAAAGCAGAUCAGCAAAGUUGAUGAAACUUCCCAUAAGAUGCCAUCAGCAUCUGAGAUCCCUGUAUUGGAUGAUCGCAUGGUGGGCUUGGAUGAUGAAGUAGAAAAGAUAGCUGAUCGACUCACAAGAGGAACAGAACACCUUGACAUUGUCUCCAUUGUGGGUAUGCCUGGAUUAGGCAAAACAAUGCUGGCAAAAAAGGUUUACCAGGAUCGCUCCAUCAUGCUUCACUUUCAUGUUCAUUCUUGGUGUUCUAUUUCUCAAGCAUAUGACAAGAGGCAUCUGCUUCUUGAGAUUUUGAGUGGACUUGGUAUUAAGUCUGAUGACAAUUUUUCUAAAAUAGACGAGGAUGAUUUGUCUCUUAAGCUCUACCAACAAUUAAAAGGAAAAAGGUAUCUCAUAAUCUUGGAUGAUAUUUGGGAUACAGCAGCUUGGCAUAGCUUGAGUAGCUCAUUUCCGAAUGAUGUUAACGGAAGCAGAAUUCUCUUGACGAGUCGCCACCACAAUGUGGCUAUGGAAAUCAAACCAGACAGAGAACCUCAUCAUCUUAGGUUCCUCCACAACAAUGAGAGCUGGGAACUCAUGCAGAAGACUAAAGGUCUCAAAGAAGGAUGUUCUCCUGAACAACUGGAAUGCAUGAAGGAAAUAGUACAUGAUUGUAGCGGAUUGCCACUGAUGAUUUUAAUUGUAGCCGGGAUUCUUUCACAUAUGGAGCCAAAUACUUGGGAUGAAGUGAGAGAAAGUCUGAAGAAAGGUACUCUAUCGUUAACUGAAAAAUGCAUGGAGACCAUAGAGUUGAGUUAUUCAUUUUUGCCAGAUCAUUUGAAGGAGUGCUUUCUUUACUUUGGAGCAAGUGGAGAGGACCAAGAAAUUCCUGUUCGGAAAUUGUUAUGCCUGUGGAUGGCUGAAGGGUUCACGCAAACAAAUGGAAGAGAUUGCUCAGAGCAUGUUGCAAAAAGCUACAUGAGGGAGUUGAUUCAUAGAAAUUUGGUUAUGGUGGGUAAGAAAGGAUCCAGAGGAACAAUCAAAUCUUGUGUUGUUCAUGACCUGUUACGUGACUUCUGUAUGAAAAAGUGCAAUGAAGAACAUUUUCUGCAUCACUUACAUGGGUAUGAGGUUAGUAAUUCUGUUGAACCAAGCAUAUUUUAUCGGUUGCGUCUUUGCUAUCGGACGCGAGAGGAUUUUGGUGAAUCAAGACUGCCUUGUCCUCGUUUACGCACACUGUUCAUAGUUGAUGAUAAUGAUGUUUUGAGUUCGCGACAUUCUUUUGGUAUAUUGUACAAGUUUAAUCAGUCCAAACUUUUAAGAGUUUUGGACAUAAGAACAGCUUUCGCGAGCAGCUCUUUUCCAGUAAUAGAAACUUUGGUUCACUUGAGAUACUUGGCCUUGCAAAUUCCUUCCAGGGGAUUUUUUCUUCCAUCUUCCAUAGCAAAUCUCUCAAAUUUGGAGACUUUUAUAAUUCUAGCACCUUCAACCAUCGUGCUGCCUGAUACCCUGUGGAGUAUGAAAAAUCUAAGGCACUUGUUUGUAACUGGAUUGCUUGCUGAACUUGGUCACUGGAUAUUGCCAGAUAACUAUCUUGAAGAUUUUUCCGGUUUAGAGAAUCUGGAGACUUUGUCCUCUGUUUUGUUUUUAAGCGACCUACCAAUGAUGGAGGUAUUGAGGAAGUUUCCUAAUCUUCGCAGACUUAGAUACAGAUGUAUCAGUGAGACACCGAGCGGAAUUGUAGCUCUAGAUUUUUUGAGUCGGCUUGAAUCACUCACCAUAUCAGACCAUCACUCAGUUUGUGACCUUAAUUUUCGAUUUCCACACACUCUAAGGAAGCUAAGUCUGGCAGGCCUUGAUCUUCCAUGGAAUAAAAUUUCAAUAUGUGAUAGACUGCCAAAUCUUGAGGUUCUUAAGUUGCGGAACAAUGCAUUUACAGGGGAUAAUUGGGAAAUGGAAGAAGAAGGGACAUUCCCCAUGCUCAAAUUUCUAACAUUGGAAGACCUGGAUUUAGCUCGGUGGACAGACUCCUAUGAUAAUUUUCCUUGUCUUCAGAAAUUAAUACUGAUAAGCUGCCAUAAUUUGGAGGAACUACCUUCUUGUUUAGCACAAAGUUCAACUCUUGAGACGAUUGAGGUAAUUAACUGUAAACAUGUUGCUGCUUCAGUAAAGCAGAUCCAGAAAGAGCAUAUGGAUAUGGGAAAUGAGGAUCUAGAUAUUCAAAUUCCACCAUCGGAUGGAAGAGAAAGAAGACUUGACUUUGGGAGGCUGUUCCGAAACGCUCUGAAGAUAAUAGAUUUCCCCAAUGUUGAAGCAUCAAAAGCAGAAGUUCACGAAUUGGAAAACACAAAAGACAGUAGCAGCGCAUCAUCAUCGUCAUUGCAAGGUGUUCAGCAGUAA